GACUCCACUUAGCUGCCAAUUCUCUAUCUCUAGGCUAUCUUUCUUGCGUCCCAGACAACACUGCCAUAUAAAGAAAUGUUUAGGACUGUUAGGUCGCAUGAUGGACGUGUGGAACUAGACGAGAUCAAAGCAACCUGUGAUAGACAUGCCGAUCUCUGCCAACAAUAUGCUAAGUGCAGUUUGGAUUUGCAAAUGAACGACGCACAACUGGAAAUUCUCUCGGAAACAGCGGAAAACCUACGACAACGUCACGCACAGAUUCGAAAGAAUAUCGAUGAAAAACCGCAUUCCGCAAAAGAGCUCGAAGCACUGGAAGCGGAAGUUGCAAGUGUCAUUCGGCAAGUAGCUGUGUGGACCAUGGAGCUGGAGGAGGUGAACGCGAAUCGGCUGCAGAUCGAGAUUCGCUUCCUUCAACUCGGUUCAGAGCUCAAAAAGAGCGUGACAUGUGUCCAACUAGCCUCGAUCGACUUUGAACUGAUCCAACUCCGACAUAAUGAGCGUUGGAGACGCUUUCUUGCCGACCACGUACCAUCUGACAAAUUACUCACACUAGCCAAAGUACCUUCAUAAUUGUCAGCAGCUCAGAGAGGGAAGUUCCUGCUUUGUGUGUCGUCGUCUACUGUCCCGUCUGGGUUCUUGUAGUACUUCGCUGCUCGUCAGCACUAAUUAGGGUAUCAAUUUAUCAAUAGCCAUAAUUAGGUAACAAAUCUACUACUAGCCAUUAUUCAACAAAAUCAGAUCUGAAAUCAUUAUGUCCUGUUCUUUCCUAUGUAAUGAUUCGUAAGAAGUGCUUCCAAAGCAAGACUUCAAAACUUUAGGAUUGCCAUCAUUUCAAGUGUUUCUGUCAAUUGGUGAUAAAUAUGCAUAUCGUUUGUAGAAUGAUUGCUUAGUUCUGAUAUAUGAAUCAAAGGAAGAUAGUAUGAUGUUUGGCAGUGCAAUCUUCCUUCAAUGUAUGUGGAAUUGUGAAG